AUGACGACCAUGGCCCAGUCGCAGAUUCAGCUGCCUACGCCGCAUCCGGCACCAAGCUUGGGCGUCACCAUCCCACCAUCCUCGAUAUCUCUUCCCACCGAUCCCAAUUCUCGACUUCGAAGCCGCUUGGCCCUAGACACCUAUUCGUCGCCCGUUAAUCAAAACGGCAGCUUCGAGUUCGACCGUGUUGUGAAGAGCGGCUACCUGCAGAAGCGCACACAGAAGACAAAGACUUGGAAGUCAAUUUACUUCGUCCUCCGACCCAAUUCACUCUCAAUUUACCGAUCCGACAAGGAGGACAAGCUGCGACACAAGCUGUACCUCGCCGACUUAACCGCCGUUGCUUUGCUCAAGGACCCCAAAAACAAGAGAAAGAACGUGUUUGGACUCUUUUCGCCAGCGAGGAACUACCACUUUCAGGCUAGCAGUAGCCACGAUGCAGAGGAAUGGGUGGAUUUGAUUAGGAGUCAUGCCCGUAUUGAAGAGGAACAUGAUGAGCUGCUCCUUGCCAGCCCGAAUGGCAAGCGGCAAUCCUACCUUGUGGUUGGCAGAUCCGCCCAGGCUGGAGACAUGGCACGAACCGAAAGGCUUGGAUCAAGCUCUCCUGAGCCGCUGGAACCUCCAGUGCCGCGCUUUGUUGGCUCAACCCAUCGACGUCCAUCGCAGAUGGCGGAUACCGCUGGGUACUCAGGCAACGAACUCGCCUCGCAUUCGGACUUCUCAGACAACGAGAUUCAAAGGAUACAGGGCAUGUCCAUUGAAGACCUGGCGGUCCAGUUGCCGAGCAAAGGCACCCAGGACCGGCCAGGUCUUGACCGUAAUGCGAGCCAACUUAGCGGUCUCAACAUUGAGCAAGAUCCGGAUCGCGUCAUCUGGCAGGGCUGGCUUUGGUUCCUCCGCAGCAAGGGCGGCGUGAAGCAAUGGAAGAACCUUUGGGGUGUGCUCCGGCCGAGAAAUUUUAUUCUCUACAAGGACGAGUCCGAGUACACGGCGCAGUUCAUUCGACCAAUGUCGGCAAUUGUUAAUGUAGUUGACAUUGACCCGGUCAGCAAGACCAAGAAGCACUGUCUGCAGCUCAUUACGGAGGAAAAGAGCUACCGAUUCUGCGCCCACGACGAAGAAUCUUUGAUUCAUUGCCUUGGCGCAUUCAAGAGCUUAUUCGCCAAGAGACGAGAGCUCGAGACGCGGGGUCCUACAGGAGGAAACCAGCCCACUACAAAUGCGGCAUGA